GGCGGUCCGCCGCCCGAAAGGUCGGCAACAGCGACCUCGGGGCGACGGAGAACGCCGAGCAGCAGGGGGGAGGCCGUGGCCCCGCUGCCAUCGCGGACAGCCGGCCCUCCCGGCGCAGCCGCUCCCGUCGGCGGAGCCGCUCGCGCAGGCGCAGCCGCUCGCGCGACCGGUCGCGCGAACGCCGGCGCCGGCGCGAGCGCUCGCCGAAGGCGCUCGGGGACGCGCCAGGGCAGGACCCGUGGGCCCCGCCGCCCGCGCAGAGCGCCUUCUCGGGCAUCUCGUCCGUGCCUCCGUCGGCUGCAGCCGGCCAGCUGGCGGCCCCCGCAGCCAUGGCUGGGCUGCAGGGCCUCCCGCCCAUGCUCGACAUCCCGGUGCCAGCGGUUCCGGACCCGCUGGAGGUGCUGCGGCAGAAGCAGGAGCUGGAGAAGAUAAAGGCGGAUCGCGCCAAGCAGCUGAAGCGGGGACCAGGGGUGGCGGCCCUGGUGCAGGGAGCCCUGAAGCGGGCGCAGACCACGGCGACCGCCAACAAGAAGCCAGAGGAGGACCUCGCCGCGGCGGCCGCCGCCAAGGCGGCGGAGGCGGCGAGGGCGGCGCAGCAGGCCGCGGCGGCGGCGGCCGUGGUCGAGGAGAGCGACGGAGAGGACGAGGAGGAGCGGCG